AGUCUGCCGGUAGCCAUGGACUCGAGCUCUUCAUCCGCCUCCUCCUCAUCGACGUCCUCCUCCCGUGAGCACAACACGGCAGGGUGGGCGGCGCUGGCGAAGCGGCCCGCGGGGCGCACCAAGUUCAGGGAGACGCGGCACCCGGUGUACCGCGGCGUGCGGCGCCGGGGCAGCAACGGCCGGUGGGUCUGCGAGGUGCGCGUCCCCGGCAAACGCGGCGCGCGGCUCUGGUUCGGGACGUACGUCACCGCCGAAGCCGCCGCGCGCGCGAAUCACGCCGCCAUGCUCGCCCUCGGCGGCCGCUCCGCCACCGCGUGCCUCAACUUCGCCGACUCUGCCUGGCUGCUCUCCGUGCCGUCCGCGCUCUCCGAUCUCCGCGACGUUCGCCGCGCCGCCGUCGAGGCCGUCGCAGACUUCCAGCGCCGGCAGGCCGUCAGCGCCCCCCACGGCACAGCCGCUGCGGAGGAGCCCUCGUGUAGCGAUUCUUCAGCCUCGUCGUCGGCUGACAGUACCGGUUCAUGGGAGACGUCGGGAUCGUACGCCGAUGCAGUCGUCGAGGUGCCGGUAACAAUGGACAGCGAUAUGUUCAGGUUUGACGUGUUCGCGGAAAUGGACUUGGGCACGUACUACAUGAGCCUCGCGGAGGCCCUGCUCAUGGACCCGCCGCCGCCGGCCACCACCACCGGCGCGUACUGGGACAACGCAGACUGCUUUGACGGCGGAGCUGAUGUGGCUCUGUGGAGCUACUAGCUAGGCAGGCAGCUGCUUAGCUCGAUAAUCCCCAGCACCAAC